CAUGAAACCGCAAAGACCCUUGUCAGGCUAUCUUCCGAGAUCAUAUCACCAAAGAUGUUCUACUGCAAUGAACGACCCUUUGAAUAAUUUUAGAAGAAGUCAAGAUGAACAAUACAAGAAGAAGAGAAGAAUGAAUAAAGAAAAGAAUUCAACAAGAUUCGCUCUUCUUGGCACUAAAUAAAGAGCUAACUAAUGGAAAUAGGGAAGAAGCUCAUCUAGAAAAAUCUAUGAACAAUCUUAGAAUGAGGUCUUCCUAUAGCUCAGGGUUCGGAGCAACCACACAGAGUUUCUUUGCAACUACACAUGCUACUACCAAGGCUCCUCUAGAAUCUCCAAAUGGUAAAUCUAAAACAAAGAUGAGUUUAAAAGUUCUUAAGCCAAAGCCUAGAAAAAGCUGUAAAAAUAUGUCGUCAAAGGUACUCAAUCCGAAAAAUGAAGAGACAAGAGUUUCGAAUGACAAUUCUCCAUCCUUAGUGGUUUUCGAAGAACCGGAGAGUAGCAGCAAGCAUUCAAAAUGUGAUGAGCUACGACUUCCUAUAAAAAAAAAGAAAACAAUUAAGCACAGUAAUGAUAUAGUUGCAGAUUCUAAUUCUCACAGAAGUGAGAAUCAACCCUCUUCUGAAAUAAAUUCUAACAGAACUAAUAAUAGGAACAUGCUGAGGGAAAGUUAUAAUAAAAUGCCUAGAAUGUCUAAAAUAGAACGAAAUGUCACAAGAUGCCUUAAGCCUGCUCUGAAGAAGAGAAAAGUGAAGAAGAUCAAGAAGCCACCUCUAGUUCCAAAGAACCCUCUUUGGACAGAGAUCAAGCUUAAGGAUGACUUGAAAUACAUAUGUAGACUAAAUAAUCACCUGACUAAUGAAGAGAUUAAUGAAAGAACCGCAUUCCAAUCAAGUCAUAGGAUCAGUUGAAACACUUUUGUAGUCAAUAAACAGAUCAAAAUUCCAAAUGUCUUAGCUAGGGAUGUCUAUGAAAAAGUAGUCUAUGAUGUAGUCCGUCGUGAACAAGAAAACAAGGACCAAAAGGAUAAAGAAAAGCAAAAGGAGGAUCCUCAAAAAUCUAAGAACAAACUCACAAAGGCUGAAAUGCAGAUGCUCAAUGUCUUAAUCCCCAAGAAUAAGAGAAAAGACAAGGAUAAGAAAUCAGUUCAGCUAGAAUCCUCUAAUAAUGAGAUCAGUAAGAAACAUCUUGGGCUAAGCAAGUAUGAAGACUGGUAUGAGGUACUCUUCUCUCUUUCUAGCACAUAGGUAAAACGGCAUGAUUUCAACCAAACGCAAUAGUUGAACCAGAUGAGGAAAAGGUUAAUAAUAUGGACAUCCGUCUGCUCAUAAACCAGAUUGAUAAAGCAAUAGAGCUUCGAGAGCUUGAGAUCGAUAAUGUAGAAUCUGAAGUAAAUUUCCUCAAAGAGAUCAAAUUCAUCGUGAACUCCUUCAACUCUCAGCUGACUGAGAUUGAAGAGAAAUAACAAGAAGAAUGAACGAACUGUGUGCAUAUUCGAUGGUAGAAAGGACCAGGCCAUC